AUGGCGACGAAGGCCGCCCCAAAGGCUCCCCCAAGCCCCAGCACUGCCGAAGGGAUCUUGCUUGGUAUCUCCGGCGUGUUCUUUGGCAUUUUGUUUCUGGCGCUGUUCUGCUUGGGCUGUGGACUGGUCUUUAUCGCAAUCAUGGGUUGCUUUGGGACCACGUAUGCCUUCUACGCGUGGCUUGGAUGUCGCAUUGGUCUCAUGACCCCACCGGAGGCAGGAUGUGCAUCACUUUGGGGCAAAAUUGUUGAGGUUUUUGCAGAGCUUAGCGAAUCCGAUGCUGAUCAGGCGGGCGCUACAAGAGUGAUGGCUGCGGUCUCGGAGGAGAUACCUCUGGCUGCCGUUGAAGCCAGUGCCGACAACGGUUUCAUAACACCUGGAACGAUCGUGGGCUUGUUAGUCGGAGCACUAUUGCUGUGUAUGGCACUUUUGGCUUGGAACACCCUGCGUCCAAGCCCUGAGGCAGACGCUGGACGAGGUGUGAAUAUGGACCGAGAAGAGCUACGGAACAUCCUUCGUAAGGUUGAAGAUAUCGCACAGAAGGUUGAUGGCAUCGAAAACAAGGUCAACAGCGUGGCUCGCAAGGUUGACGAGAUCGCUAUGAGAGCUCAGAUCUUCGAUGAGAUGCCUGAGUACACCUAUUGA